AUGGAAGCCACGCGAUUAGACGCGUUCCUCGCCGUCCUCCUGCUCGCCGUCGCGCUGCCCUUCAGCAGCUUUCCCCAACGCUCGUGGGCCGCCAAACCGCCAGACCCAGCGGCUGUGGCGGCGCCGGUAGAGGAGGCGGCGGCGGCGGCGCGGCUGAACUACAGCGAGGCGCUAGAAAAAUGCAUUUUCUUCUUCCAGCUGCAGCGGUCCGGUAGACUGCCGCGCUCGCAGCUACCCACGUGGCGUGGCGACUCGGGACUCACGGAUGGCAAGGCGGAAGGGGUGGACCUGACGCGCGGGUACUACGACUCGGGCGACAACGUCAAGUUCGGCUUCCCGCUCGCCUUCACCGUCACCGCGCUCGCCUGGAGCGUCGUCGAAUACGGCGCGCAGCUCACGGCGCUCGGGCAGAUCAAGGCGGCGCGCGACGCCGUGCGGUGGGGCGCGCACUUCUUCGUGCACGCGCACCCCAAACCCAACGUGCUCUACGCGCAGGUGGGCGACGGGCAGUCGGACCACAGCUGCUGGCAGCGCCCCGAGGACAUGACCACGCCGCGCACCGCAUACCGCCUCGACCCUCAGCACCCCGGCACCGAGCCCGCUGCCGAGGCGGCGGCAGCACUGGCGGCGUCGAGCAUGGUGUUUGGCAAGACAGACGCCAACUACUCCAAGUCGCUGCUCACCCAUGCGCGCCAGGUGCGCUGCUCACCCAUGCGCGCCAGGUGCGCUGCUCACCCAUGCGCGCCAGGUGCGCUGCUCACCCAUGCGCGCCAGGUGCGCUGCUCACCCAUGCGCGCCAGGUGCGCUGCUCACCCAUGCGCGCCAGGUGCGCUGCUCACCCACGCGUGCCAGGUGCGCUGCUCACCCAUGCCCGCCAGUCCCGACUCCCCUGCUUCCCCCACCCUCCCCUCCCCCCCUCCUGCCAACCCUCCAACCCGUGGCAACCCUCAGCUGUUCAACUUCGCGCGCAAGUACCCGAAGAAGUACACGGACAGCAUCCCCUCCGCCUCCGCCUUCUACAACUCCUACUCCGGCUUUAAUGUGCGUCGCCCUCCGCCCUCCUGCACCCUGCUGUGUCCCACCAUCACUCUUGUUCUGCCUGUGCCAGCACACAUGCACGCUCUGAGACAUGCUGCUGAUGUGUCUUGCUCUGUGCAUGCUGACGUGUCUUUUUCUGUGUAUGCUGAUAUGUCGUCUUACAUGUUUUGCGCCACCCAGGACGAGUUGCUGUGGGCGGCGGUGUGGCUGUACCGCGCCACGGGGGAGAGGCGGUAUCUGGACUACAUCGUGACAAACGAGAAGCAGCUGGGCGGCACGCAAUCGUCAGUGCAGAACUUCUCGUGGGACAACAAGUAUGCCGGCGCUCAAGUGCUGCUCGCUAAGGAGUACCUACGGCGGCAGGACCCGGCACUGGAGCUGUAUCUGAAGCGCGCCAAGGACUUUGUGUGCGGCACCGUGGUGCGCGGCAUGCGAUCGCCAGAUCACCAGGUGCGUGCCGUGGCAUCAGAUCACCAGGUGCGUGCCGUGGCAUCAGAUCACCAGGUGCGUGCCGUGGCAUCAGAUCACCAGGUGCGUGCCGUGGCAUCAGAUCACCAGGUGCGUGCCGUGGCAUCAGAUCACCAGGUGCGUGCCGUGGCAUCAGAUCACCAGGUGCGUGCCGUGGCAUCAGAUCACCAGGUGCGUGCCGUGGCAUCAGAUCACCAGGUGCGUGCCGUGGCAUCAGAUCACCAGGUGCGUGCCGUGGCAUCAGAUCACCAGGUGCGUGCCGUGGCAUCAGAUCACCAGGUGCGUGCCGUGGCAUCAGAUCACCAGGUGCGUGCCGUGGCAUCAGAUCACCAGGUGCGUGCCGUGGCAUCAGAUCACCAGGUGCGUGCCGUGGCAUCAGAUCACCAGGUGCGUGCCGUGGCAUCAGAUCACCAGUACGUCACGGCCAUCAGCAUGGUGCUCUCCACCUUUGCUGACAUCCUUGACGCCGCCCCCGCCAGCGCCGGCAACGCCACGGCCAUCAUGUGCGACUCCACGCCCAUCACCCCCACCGCCAUGCGCCGCUUCGUCAAACGCCAGGUGCGCGCCGUCCCCCAUGCUGCAUUGCCAUACGUGUGGCUGGAGUAUCUACACUUGACAGCAUCGUCCCUUGCUGCUCUCAACCUGUUCGUCUCCAAUGGAGACUCCAACUGCUCCUCCUGUGCUACUGUGGACUACAUAUUGGGCGUGAACCCCAAGAAGCUGAGCUACAUGGUGGGCUUCUCCUCCUCGUACCCGCAGCGCGUGCACCACCGCGGUGCAUCCCUGCCGUCCAUCUGGGUGAACAACACGCGCAUGGGCUGCAACGACGGCUGGCCCGCCUUCCAGUCCAAGGCCCCGAACGUGAAUGUGCUGACGGGGGCGGUGAUAGGCGGGCCGGACAGCAGCGAUGCGUUCCGGGACGAGAGGGACAACUACCAGCAGGUGGAGCCCUCCACCUCCAUCAACGCCCCCUUCGUUGGUGUCCUCGCCCGCGUUGCUGGAGGCCCCCCCAAGGCUAGCCCUCCACCUGCCUCCCCCAAGGCCCCCCCUCCUCCCCCCAAGGCACCACCACCUCCUGCUGGCAAGCGCAAUGCCAUCAGUAGUGCGUUGCUAGACGCUCUGCGGCUACCGCCGGACGCGCGUGCGCAGGUCGUUCAGAAAGGCGCGCGCGCGCGGUGGUGGUGCACGGGGAUGGGGAAGAAGGGGAAGGGGAAGCCGGGGAAGGGGAAGGAGAAGACGGAGCGCAAGACGGCGAAGGCGGAGGCGAAGAAGCAGCGGCGCGAGGAGAAGAAGGUGGACGAGGAGGACGACGUCGACGCCAUCCUGGCGAAGAUAGCAGCGGAGGAGGCGAAGAAGAAGGAGGUGCAUGUGGAGGAGGGCGUGCCGCCGCCCUCCCCUCGCUGCAACGCCACCCACUCGAUCCAUUGCCUCUCCUUCGCUCCCCUCCUCUCCCGCUUCCUAUCCCUCGACCCCCUCGCCCCCGGCUGCUUCCCCGUGCCUCAUUCAUUCUGUGGCCCCUCUCAUCUCUCUCGCCCGCCCAACCACUCGCCCGCGUGGCAGAUGGUGGUGAAUCCGCUCAAGGACACGGAGCUCAUCAUCUUCGGUGGGGAGUUCUACAACGGGGAUAAGGUGUGCCUUGGGGUCACACCUGGGGGAUGGGCUACUGGCGCCCACCAUUAUUGA